AUGGCAUCUAAAGGCGGUUACAGGAAAAUCUCUGGUGAAGAAGAUAAAAAAGUCAGUUUUGUAUCUUCUCUUUUUUAUCGUUGGAUGAACGGGGUCCUAAAGGAGGGCAGUCAAAGACCUUUGGAUCAAAAUGACUUUUUACCCUUGUCAGACGAGAACUCUGGCCGUUUGGUCACCGACAAGCUUAAAAAAAUCUGGGAGAGCGAGAAACAUCGUUGCAAGAUGAAUGGGAAAAGGCCCAAACUUUGGAAAAGCGUGUUUGAUAUGCUUUCUGCCAAAGAUGUUAUCAUCAUUUUGAUGGGGAAUAUAUUGUGUACAACUUCUCGCCUUCUCUUUCCACUGUUCCUCGGGUAUCUUGUUUCUAAGCUUAUGUCAACUGAGGCAGAGAAUACUUAUCGGCUCUACGUCUGCGCAUUAGCUAUGUGUCUCAAUGGUUUGAUCGGUGGUCUUGGUAUGCACCAGGAAAGCUACAGAUGUGAAAUAUUGGGGAUCAAAAUAGGAAGCGCCCUGAGGGGACUGGUGUACCAAAAGACACUUCUACUCAGCAAGCAGACGUUACUGAAAUUCACUGCAGGACGUUUACUCGACCUGAUAUCCAAUGAUGUUAAAAGAAUGGAAGAAGAGACAGUCAAGUUUUUUGUCUCAGCCGUUUUCGCAGUCCUUGCUUAUGUAGGGACAAUAUUCCUUAUCUACAAUUUGAUUGGCUGGCAGGCUGUUAUGGGUGUGUUCCUUCUUUGCGUUCUUAUGCCAUACUUUGCCGUCUUGUCCUAUGCUAAUGCUAAGCUGCGCUUGCGCUAUAUUAUUUUAGGCUAUAUAAAAGUUAUGAGGUUCUUCAAACGCCGUGACUUACUGGAUUUAAUGUCUCAAGUGAUGGCACCAAAAGGCGGUUACAGGAAAAUUCCUGGUGAUGAAGAUAAUAAAGUCAGUUUUGUAUCUUCACUUUUUUAUCGUUGGAUGAACGGAGUCCUUAAGGAGGGCAGUCAGAGACCUUUGGAUCAAAAUGACUUUUUACCCUUGUCAGACGAGAACUCUGGCCGUUUUGUCACCGACAAGCUUCAAAAAAGCUGGGAAAGCGAGAAACAUCAUUGCAAGAUAAAUGGGGAAAGGCCCAAACUUUGGAGAAGCGUGUUUUAUAUGCUUUCUGUCAAAGAUGUUAUCAUCAUUUUGACGGGGAACAUAUUGUUUGCAACUUCUCGCCUUCUCUUUCCACUGUUUCUCGGGUAUCUUGUUUCUAAGCUUAUGUCAACUGAGGCAGAAAAUACUUAUCGGCUCUACGCCUGCGCAUUAGCUAUGUGUCUAAAUGGUUUGAUCGGUAAUCUUAGUAUGCACCAGCAAGACUACAGAUGUGAAAUAUUGGGAAUCAAAAUAGGAAGCGCCCUGAGGGGACUGGUGUACCACAAGACGCUUCUACUCAGCAAGCAGACGUUACUGAAAUUCACUGCAGGACGCUUAUUUGACCUGAUAUCCAAUGAUGUUAAAAGAAUGGAAGAAGAGACAGUCAAGUUUUUUGCCUUAGCUGUUUUCGCAGUUCCUGCUUAUGCAGCGGCAAUAUUCCUUAUCUACAAUUUGAUUGGUUGGCAGGCUGUUACGGGUGUGUUCUUCCUGUGUAUUCUCAUGCCAUACUAUGCCGUCUUGUCCUAUGUUAAUGCUAAGCUGCGCUUGCGCACAGCUACAGUGUCGGAUCAGCGAAUCUCCCUGAUGAAUCAAGUAGUUUCCGGGAUCCGCGCGGUCAAAACGCAUGCGUGGGAAGACGAAUAUGAGCGAAAGAUAAAACAUGUGAGAAGAAAUGAAAUCAGCGUCAUUUCGAAGAGGACAGCCAUUCAGUCAAGUAUCGAUGCCUUGACAUACAGUGCAACGCCACUGGCCACUCUGGUGUCAGUAAUUACUAUGGUGCUUACAGGCCAGACCAUCACGCCCGCCAAUGUUUUCAUGCUGCUGUCGUUUAUGGGUGUUUUAAAAUUUAUUGGCAUGUUGAAUUUGACACCCGGUUUAAUGGUAACGUAUGACGCCUAUGUUUCGCUCGGAAGAAUCGAAGAAUUUCUUCUUUUGGAAAAUCUACUCACGGCAAAAUGGACGUUGCGUGACACCCUGAAACAUGACAGCGAGAGAGAUUUUAAAGAUGCAUAG